UCUUAUCUUCUUGGAAGAUCAUCUCAUUUCUUUUUGAAUAUCUUUUCCUUUUAUGAUUCUUUGACCCAAAGCAAAACUAUCUGUCUUUUAAAUAUUCCAACUUUAAUGCUAUAUAUUAUUAACAAUGUGGCUUGAGCUCACUAGUAUUGUUAUCUUAUAUACCUUAUGAACCUAUAAAGACAUACAUUCUUUCUAGUUUCAUCCUAUCCUAGGUCUUUAUUAUUUGGGCAUUCGUGACCUCGUGAAUAUCGUUGAUAGACUUUCUCGUUGUUAAAUGGUAUAUAGCAUUUCGAGUUCCAAAAGCAUGGGAUUCUUUGAAAAGAAGCAGAUUGACAAUGAUCAUAAAGAUGAAAAUACCGAGAAGUCUAGAGGUGAUGCUGAGGUUGAAGACAAGAAUGGGGUGGCUAAGAUUACUAGGAACAUGAGUGAGAGUUCAAUAUGUAUCCCUGAAGAUGAAGAUGAUCACGAAGAUGUUCAAGAGAAGUUACAGAUCGGUCCAAAGCGUACCCUUAAAGAACAAUAUGAAGCUGAUAAGGAUGAUGAGAGCUUAAUGAGAUGGAAAGAACAACUUCUUGGAUCUGUGGAUAUUAAUGCUGUUGCAGAAACUUUAGAUCCAGAAGUCAAGAUUCUGAGCCUGUCUAUUGUAUCUCCUGGCAGACAAGAUUUAGUUCUUACAGUUCCUGAUAACGGAAAAAUCAAAGGGACAUGGUUUACCCUGAAAGAAGGGAGUCGUUAUACUAUCAAGUUCACUUUCCAAGUUCAGAACAACAUUGUCUCUGGUCUCAAGUACACUAACACAGUCUGGAAAACCGGUCUCAAAGUUGACAAAACCAAGGAAAUGAUUGGCACUUUUAGUCCUCAACAAGAGCUUUAUACACAUGAAAUUCCUGAAGAUACCACCCCUUCUGGCAUACUUGCUAGAGGAUCAUAUUCGGCAAGAACUAAGUUUCUUGAUGAUGAUAACAAGUGUUACUUGGAAUUGAACUACACAUUUGAUAUCAGGAAAGACUGGCAAUCAUCUUGAUCAAGAUCCUCAGACAUCUUGGAAAUUUUAUGCUUGUUUUCUUAUAUUACUAGCUAGCGUGUAAUUCUCAGUUUUCCAUUUCAGAAUUUUCUAUCAAUUAAGAAAAAACUUUAAUGAUUGUUAUUUA